GGCUGGACUAAAGGGAGAUAACAGAGCUUUACGGACUCCACAAGCGCAAGUGGAUGGGACGAUCCCAGUGGAUUGGAGAAACUGAACCACGACGCCGAGAUCGGCCCCACUUGAAUUAAAAGCAAAAGGAAGACAUGCUUGAUUGAGGCAAGGGGUAAUGAGGACUGUAAUAAAGAGUUUUGAUGGAGAAUUAAGAUUAUUUCACAAAAUGGCACGGAUUUGCUCCCAUCCAAGUGGGCAUUUUGCAAAGAUGACAUAGCACUUAAGAAAAUGGGAUUCCUCCAAGAACAGAACUCACUCACGACCUGAAUGAAAAGAUAAAAAAAAAAAAAAGGAUUCUAACCUAUUCAGAUCGGAAACCUAUUCAAAUCGGUUGUGAGUGAACGCAGUUUAAAUAUGAAUCUGGGCAGAGCGCUUCUGUUUUUUCUUCUCUCAAAUUUAGUGACAAUGACUUUCUCGCUAUCCACUUGCACCACUGUGGACAUCGCAAACAUCAGGAAAAAGAGACUGGAAGCGGUCCGGGGACAGAUCUUAAGUAAACUCCGGAUGACCAGCCCGCCUCAGACAACAGGUCCAAGCCAGGUACCGUAUCAGGUCAUGGCCCUUUAUAACAGCACCAAGGAACUCAUUAAGGAGCUGGGGAGAGAACGGCAGCAGAGUUGCGGGCAGGAUAACGCAGAGACUGACUACUACGCCAAAGAGAUUUACAAGUUGAACAUGAUAAAUACUUCACCAGAAAACAAUGACCUCUACUGCUCGAAGAGUAUCACCUCCACGAUAUUCCGCUUCGACGUGUCAAUCAUGGAGAAGAACGCCACCAACUUGUUCCGGGCUGAGUUUCGAGCGCGGCGGAUCCCCAACAGCAACGCCAAGAAAAACGAGCAGAGAAUUGAGCUCUACCAGAUCCUCCCGAAAGACGACCUUAAAGCCAAACAGCGUUACAUUGGGGGCAAGAAUGUCUUGACCAAGGGGACACAUGAGUGGAUCUCCUUUGAUGUGACAGAGACAGUGAGGGAGUGGCUGAUGUACCGACAGACGAAUCUUGGCCUGGAGAUCAGCGUGCACUGUCCCUGUCACACUCUGAGGCCCAAUGGUGAUAUAAUUGAGAAUGCCAACAAGGUGCUGGAGGUCAAGUUCGAAGGUGUGGACUAUGACGAGCGUGUGAAAAAGCAUAAAGAGUACCCUCACCUCCUCCUCAUGAUGCUACCUCCCCACCGGAUGGAUGUCCACUCCUUUUCCCGCAGACGCAAGCGGGACCUCGACACCAAUUACUGCUUCAACAAUUAUGAGGAGAAUUGCUGCGUGCGAGAACUAUAUAUUAAUUUCCGGGAGGAUUUGGGUUGGAGGUGGAUCCAUCAGCCAGAAGGAUACCAUGCUAACUUCUGCUCUGGUCCUUGUCCUUACCUUCGCAGCGCAGACACCACCCACAGCUCGCUGCUGAGCCUCUAUAACACAUUGAACCCCGAAGCGUCCGCCUCACCCUGCUGUGUUCCUCAGGACUUGGAGCCCCUCACCAUCCUCUAUUACGUGGGUCGCUCACCAAAGGUGGAACAGCUCUCAAACAUGGUUGUUAGGUCCUGCAAGUGCAGCUAAACCUUUGGGUUACGGGCCCUGGUGAGAGACAAUGGGAUGAGACAGCUCGCAGCAGUACUUGAAGGCGAGUGAAGUUAAAGUGGACAGGGUACAAUUUGGCUGCCAAUGAGUAUCUCCCUCCGCCCCAUCCUUACCAAAGUUCUUUCAAGAAAGAAAGAAAGAAAGAAAGAAAAGAAAAAGCCCACUACUCUGUUCACAAUCAUUGGCAGCACUUCUCCAGCAACGCUCUCAAAGCCAGCAGACCUCUUGUUGACCCUCAGCAUUGCCUUUUGACAUCAGUAUUUCUCAUUUAAUGUUUUUUUUUUGAAUAUUCCAGCAUUUUGAAACGCUUGUACCUCACGUAACUAUUGGUAACCGAAGCCUGUUUUUACUGAAAGAGGAACAGAGGAAUAAUUGUAAAAAAAAAGAAAAA